AUGACAGACCACAAAGGCAUGAACUUCUCAAGCGUUUUGACGUAUACUAUUCUUCACACUGAGUUUAACGAGGACGUGCGCAGCCCAGAAUGCAGCCCAGGUGGUAAUCGGACCAGACUCGCAUACAUGCUCAUCCGACGCGGUACUCAGGUGUGUUGGAAAUUGGGCUGGGAGCUACAGAUACAACUUUGCCACUGA